UCAAAGGAAACGAUCUGCACAUCUCAUACAGUUACUGGCACGCCACUUGUCUGGAUAAAAACGCCUUUAUUGGCGUCUAUCUGAAACACUUUGCCAAGUGCAGCGCGCUCAAACACCGGCCAUAAGCUCGUGCUGCCAACCUCAAUAGUAGCGCGCGCUCGCUCUGCCAUAGGCUUACAUGACAACAUUUAAAUCGGCUGGCGUGCCAUCUGUCGUGAAACGGAACCAAUAUUUCAGGUUUGUUGAACUUGAGCUCCCGAAGCGGUAAGAAGGGAUGCAGCGCUGUGAAUGAGAGAGAUUAAUGCGGGAGUAACUCAGGGUUGUUUUGGAUGCAUCGCGUGCCAGGACUGAAGGUUUGAUGCUGAUCCACAGGCUCGUGUUUUAAUGAGUUUGGAGGCAAACGCUCCUGCGUGAAUCAUUUACCGCAAAGAUAACCAGCUGGAUUAUCGACGAGCAAUAUGCGGUUGUUGGUUGGUUUUGUUUUGUCAACUUUUUGGCUAUGGGAAGCGUCGCUUUCUCGCGUUUACACCAAUCACUGGGCUGUUCUGAUCCCUGGAGGACCAGCAGAAGCUGAUAAACUCGCCUCAAAAUAUGGCUUUACUAAUUUGGGUCAGAUCGGAGGACUGGAGCACCAUUACCAUUUCCAUCACAGCAGGGUGGUCCGCAGAUCCACCUUUGCCACCAGAGGCGCUCACAGCUUCAUUCACAUGGACCCGAAGGUUGACUGGGUGCAGCAGCAGCUGGUGAAGACGCGAGUCAAACGCCACGCCAGGAGCGACCCGAGCUACAUCCACUUCAAUGAUCCCAAAUGGUCCAACAUGUGGUACAUUCACUGUAGUGAUACAAACAGCCGCUGCCGUUCAGAAAUGAAUAUCCUUGCGGCCUGGCAGAGAGGCUACACCGGUCGAAAUGUGGUCGUCACCAUCUUGGACGACGGUAUUGAGAGGAACCAUCCGGAUCUGGCGCAGAAUUAUGACCAGCUGGCGAGCUACGAUGUGAACGGAAACGACUACGACCCGACCCCACGAUACGACUUCAGCAAUGAGAACAAGCACGGAACGCGAUGCGCAGGUGAAGUCGCUGCUGUAGCCAACAACUCGCACUGCAUUGUGGGUAUAGCCUACAACGCCCGCAUAGGAGGUGUCAGAAUGCUUGAUGGAGACGUGACUGAUGUGGUGGAGGCCAAGUCUCUGGGAAUAAGGCCAGACUACAUCGACAUUUACAGUGCCAGCUGGGGCCCCGAUGAUGACGGGAAGACCGUGGACGGGCCGGGGCCUCUGGCCAAACAAGCCUUUGAACUGGGAAUUAAAAAGGGCCGUAAGGGUCUCGGCUCCAUCUUUGUUUGGGCGUCUGGUAACGGGGGCCGGCAGGGCGAUCACUGCUCCUGCGACGGCUACACCAACAGCAUCUACACCAUCUCCGUCAGCAGCAGCACUGAAAACGGCAACAAGCCCUGGUACCUGGAGGUCUGUUCCUCCACCCUCGCCACCACGUACAGCAGCGGAGAGUUCUACGACCGCAAAAUAGUGACCACAGACCUGCGUCAGAGAUGUACCGAAGGACACACAGGCACCUCCGUGUCUGCACCCAUGGUGGCGGGUGUCAUCGCUCUCGCUCUGGAGGCAAAUCCUCUGAUAACCUGGAGAGAUGUCCAGCAUCUCUUCGUGAAGACGUCGAGACAAGCUCACCUGAAAGCCAGUGACUGGAAAACCAAUGCAGCCGGACACAAAGUCAGUCAUCUGUAUGGCUUUGGUUUGGUGGAUGCCGAGGCCAUGGUGGUGGAAGCCAAGAAGUGGAGAAACGUUCCUCCUCAGCACACCUGCAGCAAAACCUCUGACCGCAGAACCCGGUACAUUCGAGCAGAUCAGAAGCUGAACGCCAGCAUCUCGAGCAGCGGCUGCAGCGAUCAGCCGGAUCAGCAGGUGGGGUUUCUGGAGCACGUGGUGGUGCGCGUCCUCAUCGUCCACCCGCGCAGAGGAGACCUGGAGAUCAGCCUCGUAUCCCCCUCAGGGACGCGAUCACAGCUGCUGGCUCAGAGAUUGUUUGAUAACUCCAACGAGGGCUUCAGGAACUGGGAGUUCAUGACGGUUCAUUGCUGGGGGGAGAGAGCGGAGGGCACGUGGACGCUGGAGAUUUCAGACUCGCCGUCUCAGCUGCGUAACCCUGAGGUGUUGGGUAAGCUGAAGGAGUGGACACUAAUCCUUCACGGCACGGCUGAGCACCCCUACCAAUCCCAGAGUUCCCAGCACUCGCGCUCCAGAAUGCUGGAGAUUCCCACAGCAGGCAAGGAGCUGAAAAACCCAGAUUCUGUGCCAGGAACCCCUGAGCAUGAAGAGGAGGAAGAGGAGGAAUAUAAUGGUCCGUGUCAUCCUGAAUGUGGAGAUCAGGGCUGCGACGGACCAGACGCCGAUCACUGCCUCAACUGCAUUCACUUCAGUCUGGGCAGCCUCAAGACCGGCAGGACGUGUGUUAGUCACUGUCCUCUGGGUUAUUUCGAGGACGGAGAGGCCCGCAGAUGUCGCCACUGUCACCGAGGCUGUGAGAAGUGUGUGGCUCGCAGGCCGAACGAGUGCCGCUCCUGCCGGAGAGGGCUUUACUUCGACUCGAAGGAGAGCACCUGUGUGGAGACCUGUCCCGUCGGCUACUUCCACGACGACGGCCAGAGACGUUGUCUGAAGUGUCAUGAGAACUGUUUGAAAUGCUUGAGAGACGCAGACAGAUGCACGGCCUGUAAAGAUGGCUUCAGUCUGGCAGGAAUGACCUGCGUUCCAGAAUGUGCCAAUGGUACGUUUUUUAACCUGGAAGAAAUGAAGUGCAGCCCCUGCCACAUCUCCUGCUCCACAUGCACAGGUCCGGGACUGGAGGAGUGCAUUCAGUGUGCACCGGACUACUUACAGCAGGAGUGGCGGUGCGUCCGAACCUGUGCUCCCGGAUACUACAGAGGAGAGGUGGCGGGAUUCACACAGAGGAUGUGCCGCAAGUGUGAGGAGCACUGUUUGAGCUGUCAGGGUCCUGGAACGAGCUGCACGCAGUGUAAAGACAGAUACAGCCUCGUCAGCCGGACCUGCAUCAUGAACGCCACCUGUAACAACGCGGAUGAAGUCUUCUGCGAGAUGGUCAAGUCGAACCGACUAUGUGAGAAGAAGCUCUUUCGUCAGUUCUGCUGCCGGACAUGUUUGAUGACGGCUGGAUGACAGCAAGAAAAGAGGCAAAUGGACUGACCUACUAUUUCUUUGGUUGUAUUAUCUAAUGUACAUUUUAAACUAGUUAUGCUGUGAUUAUUAAAGGAAUAGUUCAGC